GCGAGCGUCCACACACACACAGACAGACAAAGACGGCGCACCGGAGGACCGGGAGACAGCAGCGCGUUAUUCCUCUCCAGUGUUUCUCGCGUGGAAAAGUCUAGAAAAACAUGAGAAGAACGUGAGCGACGCGGAGUCGGGACGUGUGAUUUACAGGCACAGGGGCGUUUGGUGUUUACCGCUAAUGCUUUUAAAGUACGAGUCUUUUCUUCAACGCCCCCCCAAAACAAUUAGCAGCUCCGCUAGGCGGUUAGCCAUCCCCAGCCUCCUCAUCAACCAGAAAACACCGAGAUAGUAGCAGCUGGCAGCGCGCGAGGAUAUAAGAAUAAAUUGUUGUGUUGUCUGAUGCACACACACGGGCACAACAAUGCCUAGCCCCCUGUUCCACCCUGACAUCAUGGAUCACGAUAUGGUUGUGAGCAGCACCGGCCAGUCCAGCGGGGUCACCCGGGACACAGAGCCGGAAUCCCGGGACGAGGAGCAUCAGGGGGUGCUGCGCUUCGCCCUGGAUCAGCUGUCACUCAUGGCGCUGGAUAAAGUCGACUGUUUGGACGGAACAUCAUCGGGAAGUGAGAACUUGAACGGAGGCGGUUAUGUCGACCUGCAGAUGCAUCCGAACGGAUCACGGGAGUCUCCCAGCUCAUGCUCGCCCUCUCCGGAGUACUACGGCUCGGGAGGAGGCGGCGGCGGAUACCACAUGUCCGGCCCGCACCCGCUCCCCAUUCUCGGGGAACAAAGCUCCGUGCUCCGCAAGAGGAGUGUCAACAUGACCGAGUGCGUGCCCGUGCCAACGUCAGAGCAUGUGGCGGAAAUUGUGGGCAGACAAGGUUGCAAGAUCAAAGCUUUACGUGCAAAAACAAACACUUACAUCAAGACGCCCGUUAGAGGAGAAGAAUCCGUGUUUAUCGUGACGGGUCGCCGUGAAGACGUCGAAAUGGCCAAGCGAGAGAUCAUUUCGGCAGCAGAGCACUUCUCCAUGAUACGAGCAUCCCGCUGUAAAGCGGGCGGCGGCAGCGGGCCUGGGACGGGUGGAUCUCUUCCUGGACCUCCAAACCUUCCAGGACAGACCACAAUCCAGGUGCGCGUGCCCUAUAGAGUCGUCGGUCUAGUGGUCGGACCCAAAGGCGCCACAAUCAAACGCAUCCAACAGCAGACGCACACCUAUAUCGUGACGCCCAGCCGCGAGAAAGAUCCAGUGUUUGAGGUGACCGGAAUGCCGGAGAACGUCGACCGAGCGCGAGAAGAAAUCGAAACACACAUCACGCUCCGCACGGGCGCGUUUGUGGACCUGCAAGGCGACAACGACUUCCACAGCAAUGGGACUGAUGUGAGUUUGGAAGGUCUCGGUGCGUUGGGGCUCGGUGCUACGCUGUGGUCGCGUGCCAGUCACUCUGCCCCGCCUCCUCCUCCCCCUCUGCCUCCACCCGCUCUUCACCAUUCCACCCGCAAGUUGUCAUCCGCAUCCUACUCCAACAGCGCCCUGAGCUCCGACUCCUUCUCAGCGACACGGCGAGCCACAGACGGCGGGAGUCCCACGAGUCCAUUCAGUACAAGCAGUGCUGGCGGUAGCUUCUCAUUCGGUGGCGAUUCCACUCCAGUUCUGCCCGCCACUUCAGAAGAACUGGGCUUCGAGUUCAGUGCCGCCAACAUCUGGGCACCAUUCACCAAAGGCGGUAAGCAGAAACAGCCACUUCGCCGCAACAGUAGCGGGCUCAGCGGAGGAGCCGUUACCCCACGACUGUCACCCACCCUGCCCGUCGACCCCUCCAGUCUGGAUCACCCACUUGCCCGCCGAGCACAGAGUGACCCCCUUAGCACCCUCUCCUGGCUACAAAAUGGCGGCGGAUCAUUCUCAGGUGGUAGCAGUAGUAGCGGAGGAAGCACCACUGGUUACUCCUCCUGUUCGGCCUCCUCACUGCCCGGCGGGUCGCCCACCGAUUCCGAGGGAGGUGGCAGCGGCGUAGGCUUGGCAUCCACCAUGCUGGGUCGCCUGAAAGCAGGCAGUCUGGCAGGCAUAGUGCCUGGCGGCAGCAGGGACUGCUACUUGUGUUGCGAGAGUGAGGUAACGGCCGCUCUGGUCCCGUGCGGGCACAAUCUCUUCUGCAUGGAUUGCGCCGGGCAGAUAUGCCAGUCGCAAGAAGCAGAGUGUCCCGUGUGCCACACCUCCGCGACGCAAUGCAUCAGAAUCUUCUCUUAAUGCCCAGGCGAAGGUGCCCACAAUGCAAAUGCUCACAAUUAAAGACUGCCUUCAUAGGAUUGACAGUAACGAUUAGAUAUGACACUAUUCUGAUUUAUUUACAAUAAUAAUAAUAAUAAUAACAAUAACAAUCGACUCAAGUACGUGUCUCAGACUGCGUAAGCAGGAUUUUUUUCUUGAAACUGAGCAAAGAAAUCCAGUGUCUUUAUCAUUCACGCUCAUUCUGUCGUAUUUAAUGGUUAUUUUUCCACUCGUGCUUCUGCGCGACCGCAAAGGGUCGUUUUUCGCUUGAGACUUUUUCUACUUGCAGAUAUUUUUGGACUUUACACUGCAUAAGUCUGCACUUUUUUCUAAUGUAAUGUUUGUUUAAGAGGGUUGGCAAUGCAGUUGUUUUUUAUUAUUAUUUUGAUAAUCUUAUGUUGCUGUUUUGCAUUUAAUAAUUUAUAUUUUAAAUGCAGUCGACUACAUGCAGCAUGCCCGCAACAACAACAACAACAACAACAACAACAAGAAGAGCGUGCUUGGAAACGCAUGACUGCAAAACCUGCACACUUGUUUAGACCAAAACAUUACAGAUAUAUUCCCGUUUUUAUUAUCAAUGAAGAAUGGAACAUUUAAUAUUUAUACACGUUAAGAGUUGAUAUCCGACGUAAUAGUUAAUGUUGAAUCUAAAAUAGAUAGAAUAGUACAUGUUAUGAAUAUCAUUACCAUGCUAGGAGUUUGUUUGCUACCUUGUUUUCUCUUUUGCCACACAACCUUAAAGCGUUCAUACUGUAGUAGAUGGUGCCAAAUGCGCCACCUUCGUUGAUGUUUUUGGCGCCGAUGAUAACGCAGACUAUCGCCAUUGUUUACGCCUGUGAACAAAACGUCACAUGUUCAUUCCGACUGUCUACACGCCUAAACAGGGUUGCUAGAAUUUUUUUAAAAGACAGUGACAACUUUAUCUGUUACAUUUCUACUGUUCUUAGAGACUUUUUGUGUUCAGACUAGCUGAUUGGUUGUGGAUGUGUGGGCGGACUUUUGCCACGCCCCUCUUCAAACCACAUGGUCUUUGUAACUACCCGAAUGUUUCUCUUUGUUUGGGAUUUGUGUAUGUAUGUGUGUGUGUGUGUUUUUGAGAGUAUGGAUUUGUUUUUAAAUCAACAGUUGUAGAGCCAUCCCGCUUCGUGCACUGCGACACAUUGAAAUGUUCUUUUUUUUAAUUCACAAGGGGCCCGUCGCGGUCCCUUGGAGGCCAAGCUAGAGUAAAAGUCUUCCGGCACUCGCAAAAUAAUUUAGUCUCAUUCUGAGGAUAAACCGUUACGAUUGCAUCCUGCGUACAGAGCAGCGCUCGCACUUAGUACCAUCAUGGAUCUCUUUCCGUACGCUGCCUGUGAACGUUGUUGUUUUGAUAAAUUAAUCGAAUCUCAUAGCCCCUUUGAAAUGUCUGAGACGAUUUACGUGACAAGCCAUGAAUUCAAACUCUAAAGGGCUUCCGGUUACACACUACACUUCAGGUCGUAUCCCGCGUUAGUGCUAAUAAAAUAGGAUGUAUAGUCCCGACACAAUCCGUAUGGCAGCUAUAUCACCCAGGGCUUCCAUACAUUUAGUAAUGCGGAAUCGUUUCGCUGACAGUCGAAAUCUUCCAUGCCAGUGAAAACCGUUCUACCUAAACGCGGGACUUCGAACAAAUCUCGAAUGGGGGAAAAAAAUGAUCGUUCAAGAAUUUAGUUUUAAAUUUGGGUUGCAUGAUUUGUACAUAUCUGUGACGUUAAAUUUCUCUCUUUAGCGAAAUUGUGCUAGCCUCAUGAUUGGUCUGAUUUUAAAUGUGUAUGAUUUUUAAACCACUGCAGUUUUCUUAAUGGUUUUGGACGUGUUGAAUAUUACGAAACGUAAACAUGGUGCCAGUCAUCAUUUCAAAUUGAUGCCUUGGUGGUGUAGCUCACUGCCGACGCGUUGUCUGUAAUUAAAGGCGCCCUGUUAAGGGCGAAGGAUACUUUCUGGUUUUCCGCGUGCGAUGCAAAUUUCGGCUGUAACACAGUAGCUAUGCACGGACUGUCCACCAGCAUCCUGUUUUUUUACCAGAUGCACGGACAGUUCGCGUCUGGUCCCAUGCGGGCACAAUCUCUUCUGCAUGGAUUGCGCCGGGCAGAUAUGCCAGUCAGAUGUCCUGUGUGCCCGUGUCUUCCCUCUGGAUAUUCCGAUGGGUUUCUAUAAUGCCGGUUUUGGGCUUAUAUGGUGUGUGGUAUGCGCCUAUACGGGAGCCAGCUGGUGCGUGAUAGCUGUGCAGCAUGUAAACCUCAAGAGGCGCACUAGCCGCUCGUAGCAGGUCAAGCAGGACCGGUUAUACUUUAAUAGUACAGAGCUGCUCAGCUAUGACGGCAAUUGGUAGGUGAACCCAUAAUGCUAAGUGGCAGGAUUUAAAAAUAUGAGGUCUUUGGUAAACAUGACUUGAAAUUACAACAUAAAUGACACAGUCAUUCCUCAAACCCGAAACACUAACUAGUUGCUAAUUAAGGACUACAACUACCACAAGCAUGCCAGUGUACAUGCCUGAUGUCAUGGAAAAUUGUUGUAGUCCAUAUUUAGCAACUUAAUAGCAACGUACGCUUAAGACUUCACAUUUGGGGUAUCCGUUGUAUCCGUGUUGUAGAACAAAACGUCCAAGUAUCUUCCAGGAAUGUUAACCACAGACUUUAUACACCUCAUAAAUCCAAAACUGACAUUAUAAAAACUCAUUAAAAUCCAGAGGGCUCAAAAAUGCGAAUUCUCUUCCAGAUUUUUGGACUACAACCGUAGUAGUGGCUCGCACGCGAGCAAAACGCAAAUGCGUCUGUUCGAGUUUGUGGUGAAAUGAGUAUACGGAGCGGUCGUCGAAAAUCGAAGUAUACCCGAGCCUUUAUAGUGAAGCGAAGAUAGUUUUCCGUACAGACCGCACGUCUGUCUCGUUACAGGCUUCGUGUCUCCUCUAGUCCGCACUCAUUUAUGUGGUUUUGUUAAUAAGGAGGUUAUGCUUCAAACAGCGUGGCUGCGAAGCUAUAAUCGUAAAAGUAUUUGUACAGAGAGCCGUGUUGUAUCUGAGCCGACCUUUUCCCUCUUUUGUCCCCAGGUUUGGUUUCAUGGGAGCAUCAGGAAUAUUAUUGUGCGCUUAAGUUAGUUACUAAGUUAAGUUUUGAAAACCAGCCCCAAUUGAUUUUUCUGGCGAGGUAUGGUGGUGUAAUUAAAAGGUUAAAAGGUACAAGAAACUAGCUGAAAGUGUGUUUUGUUUGGAGUUCUGUUGUCUGUGGUGUUUUGGCAUGAAGGUCACGUGACCAGAGUUUUUAAAUUGAUGCCACAGACCUGAAAGCGGAUUGUGUUCCUUUUUGUCCUCCAAGGGUUAAAAACAGGGUUUACUGAGGAGAUCUCAGGCAGUUUAGAAUCGGAAAGACGUCAAACGCUGUUGUCCCAUUAAUCAUUUUCGCCCUUAAACUCUAUUUUGCUUUAAUUCCUUUUGUACGCAGAACCAAAAGUUAUUUCAAUAAAGAAAUGUCAGGCCUAAUUGUAAAUAUCCUGAAUACAAUCAUUGGGAUUUGUUUUCAAGUACACAACUAAAAGGUUAAUGUAGUUUUUAAAUCAUGUAUCAUUAUUUGUAAGUUAACUCUCUGCAUGUCUUGCAGCCAUCAGGCAUUAAUCAUUUUUUAAAAAUGGUAAAAAAACAAAUUGUGUUUUUUUUUACACACGCUUUUUUUUUUUACAAUUUAUUUGCUUAUCUUGACGGAAAUGACCCAGAUUAUAAUGUGACCCUUUUAUUACAGCAUAUGUAUCUUUAUUUUCCAUAUUUCUGUUACCUGUGUACAACAUAUAGGCAAUUUAUAACAAAAUGAGAAAAAAUUAUUGAAGAAUUUUAAAAUUGAAAUAUAUUUUAUUUGAAAGUUUAUGGACCUUUUAACCGUGAGCUGGAACAGUUGUAUACACUUAUAAUUUGAGCUGACUGACGGUUCUAAGAAAUGUAUCAAGAGUUUUAUUUUUUAUGCUUCUUUAAUAAAAUCUUGUUUUUUGUUUCUGUUUUUGUACUGUAA